AUGUCUUCUUCAUCUUCCAAUUCAAUAAUAACCACAUCUAUUAACGAGUCAAAGGACCUCGUCAUAUCUUUCCAGGUUAUUCAAGAAGCCACCAAAAAUUUUUCAACAGUUAUUGGAAAAGGUAGAUUUGGCUUUGUUUACAAAGCACAACUAUUACUUUCCGGUGAACUUACCUCUGUGGCUGUAAAGCGACUAGAUAGUUCUAAAAUUUCCAGUAAAGGAUUAAAGGAGUUUUUAACAAAGAUUCAAUUGCUAUCUCGUUAUAAACAUCCAAACCUGGUCUCUCUACUUGGUUUCUGUGAUGAAGCUGGUGAAACGAUCCUUAUUUACGAGUAUGCAGAGCAUGGAAGCCUUGUCAAACACCUACUUGGGUCAGGUAAAAUAACUCGUCCACUGACAUGGGAGCAAAGAAUCAGUAUAUGCCUUGACACGGCUCGUGGUUUAGAUUAUCUUCACAACCAUAUUGUGAUAAACCAUGGAGUGAUGCACACAGAUAUUAAGAGUGCAAAUAUUCUGAUAGGUCAUAACUGGAAAGCUAUGAUUGCAGAUCUUGGACUUUCCAAUAUAGGGCGUGCAAAUGAAAGUGACUCUUAUCUAAUUACUAAUGCUUCAGGGACACAUGGCUACUGUGAUCCAGCAUAUAUGCAUACUGGAAUCCUAACCAAUGAAUCUGAUGUUUAUUCAUUUGGUGUGGUAAUGUAUGAAGUCUUAUGCGGGAGGUCGAGCUUUGUGAAUGUAAACAAUGAACAUCAAUUCCUUGCCCCAUUGGCCCAACGCUAUUAUGAAACAGGAAGGUUACAUGAAAUUAUUGAUCCCUAUUUAAAGAUGGAAGUGGACCAUGAUACUUUGAAAAGUUUUUCAGAGAUUGCAUAUUCAUGUUUGCUUAAUGAACGGGAGCGACGACCCUCAAUGGGUUUGAUUGUUCAAAAACUUGAGGACUUGAUGGCAAGCUCAAAGGUCUUGCAGAUUAAUCUCAAGCAAGGAUCUUCCAAUCUGUCCAGUUCUGAACCCAAUGGUCCUAAGAAAGGAAAUUUAAACUUCUAUGGAAAUUCUAAUGAAGCCAAUAGUGUUCUUGGUCAUAAAACCGGUAACAUUCAUGAUAUGUAUACGUUUUGUAAAAUGUUAAGGGUGGUUGAAUCUGGCACUAUCUAUUUGUGCACUGAGAUUGCAACUGGUAUAGAUUAUGCCUGCAAAAUAAUCUCUAAGAGAAAUUUGAUUUCCAAAACGCAUUUAGAGGAAGUUAGGAGGGAGAUUCAGAUAAUGCACCAUUUGGCAGGACAUAAUAAUGUUGUGACAAUCAAGGGUGCAUACGAGAAUCUUUUGUAUGUUCAUAUUGUUAUGGAGCUUUGCAAUGGAGAUGAAUUGUUCGACACAAUCAUUGAGAUGGGACAUUAUACCGAGAAGAAGGCUGCCGAGUUGAUAAAGAUAAUUGCUGGUGUUGUUGAGGCAUGCCACUCACUUGGGGUUAUCCAUAGAAACUUCAGACCUGAAUAUUUCUUGUUGGUUAAUAGAUAUGAUGAUUUCUCCCUCAUGGCAACUGAUUUUAGAUCAGCUAUUUUCUGUAAACCCGGUCAAAUUUACACAGAGAUAGCGGGAAGUGCGUGUUAUGCGGCUCCUGAGAUGCUUUUGGGGAAUUACGGUCCAGAAGCAGAUGUAUGGUCUGCAGGGGUUAUACUUUAUAUGCUUCUCAGUGGCGUGCCUCCGUUUCUUGCUGAAACAGAAAAGGGGAUAUAUGAUCAAGUUUUAAAGGAAUGCAUAGACUUCGAUUCAGCUCCGUGGCCCCAUAUAUCUGACUGUGCAAAGGAUCUUGUUAGGAAGAUGCUAUGUUUACAACCUUCAGACCGCCUAACUGCUUAUGAAGUUCUGUCCCAUCCUUGGCUUUGUGAAAUUGGUGUCACUCCUGAAAGACUGGAACCAGCCAUUCUUUCUCGUAUGAAGCAGUUCUCUGCAAUGAAUGCAUUAAAGAAAAUGGCUUUGGUGGUUAUAGUGGAAAGACUGUGUGAAGAUGAGAUAGCUGGUUUGACAGAAAUGUUUAAGUCAAUAAAUACCAGUAAUAGUGGUGCAAUAACGUUUGAUGAACUCGGAGCUGGUCUAAGGAAGUACGGCUCUACAUUAGAAGAUAUAGAGAUAAGAGAGCUUCUGAAUGCGGCUGAUCUGGACAACAGUGGGAAAAUUGCUUAUCGAGAUUUUCUAGCUGCAACGAUUCACCUGAACACACUGGAAGACCAAGAGCACCUUGUGGCCGCAUUCCAGUACUUUGACAAGGAUGGAAGUGGUUAUAUAACAGCUGAUGACCUUCAGAAGGCUUGUGAAGAUAACAAUAUUGCUGAUUUUGUUGUAGAAGAUAUCAUCAAAGAAGUUGACCAAAAUAACGAGGGGAGGAUUGGUUACAGGGAGUUCGUGGCCAUGAUGAGAAAAGGAAACGAAGGAGUUGCAAGAAGAACAAUUCAGAACAGCUGAACAUGAGCAUGAAAGAGAGACACCAGAGGCACUCUAGUACUCGUAUUUUUAAAAAUUUCGUCCAU